AUGACAAGUGGGUCUGUUUGUGAGGCCGUCCCAAGGAUGUGUGCAGAGCUUCAGAAAGGUUCUUUUCUUGGUAACAAUAGGACCACGACUAGUUCAUUUUCCAUAGAAAGCAUUCUCGGACUGGAUAAGAAAAGGGACUUCACUUCCACUCCCACCAGCAGGCAUUACAGGCCUUGGAUGGAUGAGUACUGCAAUAGAGAAACUGAUACAUCUUGCUGGCGCCUCCCUAUCUUCAAUUGUGAAAUACCUCUUCAGGUUCAUACAGUCCGACAUAUGCUAGAAAAGGAAACUGCUGGACAAUAUGAUAAGUGCUGCUCAGCAACAGAACGCCUGACAUAUAAAAGAGAAAUGAGCUGGUACAGAGGAAGGAGGCCCAGAACUGCAUUCACAAGAAGCCAGAUUGAGAUUCUGGAGAAUGUGUUUCGAGUAAACUCAUAUCCUGGAAUAGAUGUAAGAGAGGAACUUGCCAACAAGUUGUCUUUAGAUGAAGAUAGAAUUCAGAUCUGGUUUCAGAAUCGUCGAGCCAAAAUGAAGAGGUGCCAUCGUGAGUCUCAGUUCCUUAUUGUAAAGGAAUCCUUAACACCAAAUAUCCAGGAAUGA